AAUAUGUUUUUGUUUUAUAUUUAUAUACUAUAGUGAUCUUUGAAAUUGAGGGUGGUAUUCAUUCAUAUAAUAUUGUUAAAUACUAGUAUAUAAUAAAGCGUUGUAGAACGAGAAAUGUAUAAAGGUUGAAUCAGAUGUACUUUCAAGUCUAUACAAUUGUAUCUAUACAGUAACCACAUACCUACAGAAUGUCGACUGUUGCAGAAAACUUUCCAUUUCGGGAUUUGUGCAUGUUCUGUGAGAAAGUUGCUAACCAACGUGGUAAGGAUAAAAAAAGGAAAAUUCUCAGUCAACUGAUUUCUGAGUGGAGGAAUAGGCACAAAGAACUUCACAAAGAUGACAAAAAUACAACAGACUCAUUUUUUCCUGCAAUGCGACUUCUAUUGCCACAGUGUGAGAGAGAGAGAGCAGCAUAUGGAAUGAAAGAGCACUUUUUAGCAAAAAUCUUGAUAAAGGUCCAGUGUUUAAGUGAAGAGUCAGAGGAUUCUCAGAAGUUGUUGAAUUAUCGAGCUCCAAAAAGUGCUAAGGAUGUAGCAGGAGAUUUUGCAAGUGUUGCAGAAUUUGUGUUCAGAAAACGAUGCCCACCUGAAACAUCUCCAUCCAUCAAUUUGGAAGAAAUUAACAAACAUUUUGAUGACAUUUCUAUUAAUAAUGUUGCUAAAAACAAAGAGGAAAUAAAGAAAACAUUUCGUUUUCUAACCCAUAACAUAUCGUCUCGAGAUUUGAAGUGGUUAAUUAGAAUGAUUCUGAAAGAAAUGAAACUUGGGAUUAGUGAGCAGACAGUGUUGAAUACAUUUCAUCCUGAUGCUAAAGAACUUUUUGAUGUAACAAGUAGCCUUGCUAAGGUUUGUGAUCGCCUGAAGGAGCCUUCAUUACGUCUACAUGAGAUAGAAAUUUCUUUAUUUAGUCCUUUUCGUCCCAUGUUGGCAGAAAGGGCUGAUCCUAGUCAGGUAGUAAAGAUGAUGCAACAUGAGACAUUCUACAUAGAAACCAAAUAUGAUGGUGAAAGAAUUCAACUUCACAAGAAUCAGAAUGUAUACAAGUAUUUUUCUAGAAGUGGGAAUGAAUACACCAAGAAUUUUGGCAGCUGUCCUUUGGAAGGCACUAUUACUCCAUAUAUUUGCAACAGUUUCAAGAACAGUGUUAAAAAUUGUAUCUUGGAUGGAGAAAUGGUAGGCUACAACACUAGGCUGAAAUGUAUAGGCUCUAAAGCGGAGAACUUUGAUGUGAAAAACCUUGGACCUGAUAAUGAUUAUCAGCCAUGUCUCUGUGUUUUCGACAUCUUGCUUUACAAUAAUAAAGUGCUGUCGAACUUAUCUUUACGAGAAAGACUUGAAUAUCUUAAGGAUGUGUUUGAACCAGUUGAAGGAUGCAUCAUGCAUGCUACGCGUGAAGAAGCCUCCACCGAACAGGAGUGUGUACAAGCUCUCAAUAAUGCAAUUGACCAGCGAGAGGAAGGUAUUGUCGUAAAGAACCCUGCCUCCAUUUAUCGCCCUAGUGCUCGAAAAGGUGGGUGGAUGAAAGUGAAACCAGAGUAUGUGCCAGACCUCAUGAAUGAUCUGGAUCUUGUUAUUUUGGGUGGUUACUUUGGAGAGGGCAGGAGACGAGGCAUUAUCUCUCAUUUUCUUCUGGGCCUGGCUGUUCCAGGAUCAUGUAAAGAAGGAAAGCCUCAAGUGUUCCAUUCAUUUACCAAGGUUGGUUCAGGGUACUCCAUCUGUGAGCUGUAUGAGCUAGUGAACAAACUGAAUAACCACUGGCAAGUGUAUGACAAGAAGAAUCCCCCUGUUUCCAUUGUACUUGCCAGUGGGCAUAAAGAGAAACCUGACUUGUGGGUAGAACCUUCUAAGUCUUACAUAGUCCAGGUAAAAGCAACAGAGAUAAUCAAAAGUGACCGUUUUAAAACUGGCUGUACACUUCGUUUUCCUAGAGUUGAAAAAGUACGUUAUGACAAACCUUGGUUUCAGUGCAUGACUCUUUCUGAAUUGGAGGACUUAAAGCAGCAAGCUCAAGGAAAGCUUGCUUUUCAACACUUAGUUGGUAAUGAAAGUGGUGAAACAGAACCAUCUCCAAAAAAGAGAAGAGUACCUCAACGAACUGAUCGGAUCUGCACCAUUGCUCCUCAGUUUCAACCUGCAGAUGUCUCUGGUGUAAAGCCUGUAUCGGCUAUAUUUUCUGGAAAACAAAUGUGUGUGGUGAUUGGCCUUCCAGAACAUUCAAAACAAAAUUUGGAGAAGCUGAUUGUAGAAUAUGGAGGAUCAGUUGUACAAAACCCAGAUGUUGAUACUUUUUGUGUUAUCACAAGCAAAGUAAAUCUUCGUGUGAAGAACAUCAUUAGCAUGAACCGUUAUGAUGUUGUAAGAGCAGAGUGGUUGUUGCGUUGCGUUGAAGAAAAACAGUUUAUUCCCUGGACACCCUUUGAUUUAUGGAGCAUGCGAGAAGCCACACAGGAACAAAUUGCUGAAAGAUACGAUUCUUAUGGAGACAGCUAUACAGAGGAAACCACUGUUGAAAACUUGAGAAAAGUCUUUGACAAUAUUCCAGAAGAGAUUUGGAAAAGUCAUAUUCCUGACCCCAAGAGCAUUGCUGACUUGGAAUUUGACAUCUUUCCUGCAGUAUCUUCUUAUGGAUUGUUUCGAACUUUUAGGAUCUACAUUGAUAACAAAGCUGAGAUUGGAGAAAUGGGUACUGUUAUACCAGAUCAUCCCCUAGAACUUGUGGCACUUAAGCUCCGUCUUCAUGGCGGAACUAUUUGUUCUUCUGUUGACUCAGAAACGACACAUGUUGUGGUUCACAAUAGUGACACUGGAAGAGUAGCAAGAUUUAAGGAAGUCAACAGAGAACGAACAUCAGGUGGAAAGUUUCAUUUGGUGACAGAGGAGUGGGUAGAAGGUUCUAUCCAGAAAAAUCGAAUUCUAACAGAAAAACAUUUCUUUCCAUGACACUUUGCACGUGUAUCUCAUGAUUUAACAUACAUGGAUUAGAGGGAAAAUCAUUAUAAUCAUGUAAUAUAAAAGUUUUAUAUUUAAAUUCAGAUUAAUGAUAGAGUAAGACAUUAUGUAGAAUUUGUGAAUUUCAGAUAACAUUCUAGCAAAUUAAUUUAAAUGCAAUUUCCAGUAGCAGUAAGAAUAAACACUUUUAAUCACUUGUUUUUCCCCCUUCUAAAAAAAUUAUAUAUUUAUAUUCUUCACAUAAAAAAACUGGAGUAGGAUUGUAUUUGCAUUUUUAUUGUUCCUUACUGCUUCUCUCAAUCUUAAUUGUACAACUUAAAUAUUUUUUGAUAUUUAUAUUAGAUUUUAACGAUAGUAGUAUUUAUAAAUUUCAGAUAGCAUUUUAGUAAAUUAAUUUAAAUGCAAUUCACAGGAGCAGCAAGAAAAAAUCCUUUAUAAAUACUCACUUUUUAGUGACUUGUUUUUUCCCCUUAAUUUGUAAAAAAAAAAUUAUAUCUAUAUCCUUCACACCUAGAAACUAGAGUAGGAUUGUAUUUGCAUUGUUUUGUCUUCUGCUUCUCUUGAUCUUAAUUUACAACUUCAUAUUUUUCUGAUCACAGUAUAGCUUAGUUUUAGAUUUAUAUAAAAACUAGUUAUUUAGUUGUAAUUAUAUGCUAAUCAUAUGGAGCCAGUUUUUUUUUUUCCAUUUUAUGAACAAAUUAUAUCUUGAUUUUUGAAAUA